AUGUCUCACCAAAAUGGUUUCAAGUCAUCUGAUACUGUGAAAAUGCUGACAUCUAACCUUAGGAUGAUGAUAUCGGAUGGAAAUCUAUAUAUUCGUGCUAUUACUAUAGCUGUGGUGGGUCCCAGUGCAGUGGUUCUUGCAGGGUACAACAAAUACACAUGCACGCUACUCAUUUGGUUUUUUUUCUUCUUUGGAAUGCUUGAAUGGUCCGGUCUAAAACGACAUAUAAAAAUGUCUUUGGCUAUGGGGCUUCAAAAUAAAGGUGAAAAUAUGCCGUUCGAAUCUCUUCCAAAGGAAUAUACUACACCCAUUGUUCCUAAUGAAAAGUUUGCGUUUUUUACAACACUUAUUUCAUCUUUUCUUCCUAUUGCUGCAUGUGCGGGAGCAGAAUUUUUUGUAGCAUUUUUGGUACUUUACUUUCUUGCUUGGUGUUUCUGUACUCUAUGGGGUAAUGGUGAUGGAGAGUGCAUAAUGUUUAUUUUUGAUAAAGUUAUGGGUCGAUCGAAGAACUUAGCUGUGACUUCUAAAAAAAAAUCCUUUAAAGUGAAUGAAACAGAAUCUAAAGUUUUACAGACGUUUCUUUACGAAGAGCUUCGCUUAAAAGCCAAGAGAGAACCUUUAGAACUUUUUUUAAAUUUUUGCCUAGAAUAUUUCGGCUUUAUAUGGGUUACUGGUGUAACCUUUCCACUUCUCGUCUAUGAUUAUACCCCUGUAGGUAAGCCAUGGAUUUUGGCAUCACUUGUGGGGAAUUUCUCUGUUGAUAUUGUGGCACUAUUGGUGGGAAGGGCGUUAAAAGGAAAGACGUAUCCACUAUGUUCCUCCAUAAGUCCCCAAAAAUCUUUGGAAGGGGCAUUGUUUGGUAUAAUUGCUAAUGCCGUGGUAUUUGCCAGUAUUUUGCAUUUUUCCUGUGUUAGUUAUGUAGGGCUUUCUUUACCUCAGUAUUAUUCAUAUUUCGUAAACUUGGCUUUUGGGUUAGUUCUGGGAGUCUCAGGGGUAACGGGAGACCUCCUACAAUCAUUACUGAAACGUGCAGCACAUGUGAAAGACUCUGGAAUGUUAAUGCCAGGUCACGGUGGUGUGCUUGAUCGCAUUGAUGGACUUCUUCUUGUAUUCCCUACAAUGUACGUUUGCUUGCGUCUAAUUGUCGGUUUCGCAUAG